UCAGGCGUGUCGACACGGGCUCCACGCGCUCCCACAAAAUGGCGCGGCCAUUCAUUUACACAUACUUUCUAUCGUUUAUGUCUAUCGCAUUGGCACAGGAUUACUACCAAACACCAAGUAUUGGAUCGCAGAAAUUAGCCACAUGUUACAAUAAUGAAGGACAACCGCAAAAAUGUGUACCGGAGUUUCAAAACGCUGCUUAUAACCAGCAAAUGGAGGCGACAAACACAUGUGGUGAAAAUGGUGUAAUGAUGUAUUGUAUUCAAACCUCGGCCGGUACUUCUACACGGUCGUGCGACUAUUGCCAGCCAGGGCAAUUCUCGAGUUACUACUUGACUGAUCUGCAUUAUGAGCAGGACAACCAGACUUGGUGGCAGUCGGAGACAAUGAAAGAAAUCAACCCGAUUAACACUAUCACCCAUGUUAAUUUGACAUUGCAUUUGGGAAAAGCUUACGAUAUAACGUAUGUGCGAUUAGUUUUCUACUCACCACGACCGCAGAGUUUUGCCAUCUAUAAGAAGGCGAGUGCGGAUUCAGAUUGGGAACCUUAUCAGUAUUUCAGUGCAUCAUGUCGUGAUACGUAUGGGGUAUCUGACCAACGUGCAGCAGAAAUUGGUGCGGAGACUAAACCACUCUGUACUAGCGAGUACUCAGACAUAUCGCCAUUAUCUGGGGGCAACGUCCUUUUUUCAACUCUUGAAGGAAGACCAUCUGCUUACACUUUUGACAGCAGCCCCGAACUUCAGGAAUGGGUGACAGCAACGGAUUUGAGAAUAUCGCUCGAUCGUUUUAAUACGUUUGGUGAUGAAAUCUUCCAAGACACGCACGUGUUGCAGUCAUACUGGUACGCUAUAGCUGAUGUGGCAGUAGGAGCACGGUGUAAAUGCAAUGGACAUGCGGCCAAGUGUGACACCAAGUGCAGAUGUGAGCAUAACACAGAAGGUUCUGAAUGUGAAAGAUGUCUAGACUAUUAUAAUGACGCGCCAUGGGGUCGUGCAUCGCAUACCAAUGUUCACGAGUGCAAAGCUUGCAACUGCAACGGAUUCUCGCAGAAAUGUUAUUUCGACAAGGAUUUGUACGAGAGGACUGGCCACGGUGGUCACUGUAUCGACUGCACCCACAACAGAGAUGGCGCUAACUGUGAGCGUUGCAAAGAGAACUACUUCCAAGGAAGUCAGGGUAACUGUUCAGCGUGUAAUUGCAACCCAACUGGAUCAAGAAGCCUGCAAUGUAAUGCUGAAGGCAAAUGCCAAUGCAAACCUGGAGUCACAGGUGACAAGUGUGAUAUGUGCGCUCCAAACCAUUAUGAAUUCACGAACCAGGGCUGCAAACCAUGUGGUUGCAACGAUUCUGGCUCGUUCGCAAAUACUCCACAAUGCAACCCCGAAUCUGGUGUAUGUGUAUGUAAAAAAAACGUCGAAGGCAAACAAUGUAGAGAGUGCAAACCUGGUUUCUUCAAUCUGGAUAUAGGAAAUGAAUUUGGUUGCACGCCAUGCUUCUGUUUCGGCCACUCAUCACAAUGCAGCCCGGCGCCCAAGUAUCAAGCGCAUGAAAUAAGUGCACAUUUCAUUAGAGAUGCUGAAAAGUGGACCGCCGAAUAUUAUAAUCAUACUUCCGCUCCACUAAAGUUCAAUGCGAACAUGCAAAAUAUAGCUGUAUUGUCAAAGGAUUCUGAAAAAAUAUACUUUGUGGCUUCCAAACAAUUCCUUGGUGAUCAACGACCUUCGUACAACCACGAUCUUAAGUUUUCCCUGCGCUUAGGCGAGAACAGAGGUUACCCUGAAUCCCAGGAUAUCAUUCUUGAAGGAGCUCGCGCUUCAGUCUCUUUACAUAUAUAUGGCCAAAAUAAUCCGGAGCCUAAUGAUCAGGAGCAAGAAUACAUAUUUAGGUUACAUGAAGAUCCCAGGUACGGAUGGACACCAACUCUAUCGAACUUUGAGUUUAUGUCUAUGCUUCAAAAUUUAACUGCUAUAAAAAUAAGAGGUACCUAUAACAGAUUUGGUCAGGGAUAUUUAACGGGCUUCAAGCUGGAUACCGCAGAAAUCGGUAGGGAAAAGGGCUCCGCACCUGCUAAUUGGGUGGAGAAAUGUUCAUGUCCCAAGGCCUAUGUCGGGGAUUACUGCGAGGAGUGCGCUCCUGGAUUCAAACACGAGCCUGCGAACGGUGGUCCAUACUCCACUUGCAUACCCUGUGACUGCAAUGGGCAUGCUCACAUUUGUGAUACAGCGACAGGUUUUUGCAUUUGCAAACAUAAUACUACUGGAAGUAAUUGUGAGCUAUGCGCAAAGGGUUUCUAUGGCAACGCCAUCGCUGGAACUCCGGACGACUGCAAAGCAUGCCCUUGUCCCAAAGACAGCGGGUGUAUUCAGUUGAGAGAUCAAAGCAUCGUUUGUACUGACUGCCCGGCUGGAUACGCAGGGCCAAGGUGUGAAGUUUGUGCAGAUGGCCAUUUCGGUGAUCCCACCGGUCAGUUUGGUCCACCGAAAGAAUGCGAGGAGUGCCAGUGUAACGGUAAUGUGGACCCGAACGCUGUUGGAAACUGCAACAGAACUACUGGAGAGUGUUUGAAGUGUAUUUAUAACACUGCCGGCGAACAUUGUGAUAAGUGCUUAAGCGGAUUCUUCGGUGACGCGCUCUUACAAAAUAACAAAGGAGACUGUAAGCGGUGUGAAUGUCAUGAGGCUGGUACAUUGGAGAGCUCGGAAGGCUCACCGCAAUGUGACGGACUAACUGGACAUUGUGCGUGUAGGCCACGUGUCAUAGGCAAGAACUGCGACAUGUGUGAGGAUGGUUACUACGAUAUUCGUUCGGGCAAAGGAUGCAAAACCUGUGAUUGCAACAUCGAAGGAUCGUAUAACGCAACUUGCGAUCCUGUUACCGGCCAAUGUUACUGUAAGCCUGGCAUUGAUGGUAUCCACUGCGACCGCUGCCAGCAGAAGCACUACGGGUUCUCGGUAGAGGGCUGCAAGGACUGUGAUUGCGAUGUGUGGGGCUCUGUACACUACCAGUGCGGCAUGGACGGCCAGUGCACAUGUCUUGAUAACGUCGAAGGCAGACGUUGUGACAGGUGUAUGGAGAACAAGAAACGACGUGCCGACAGACUAGGUUGUGAAGAAUGCCCACCCUGUUAUAGUCUCGUGCAAGAUGCGGUUAAUCAGCAUCGUAAAGAACUUAAGGAAUUGGAUGAUAUACUUUCGAAAAUAUCUAAAGCCCCAACUGUUGUUGAGAAUGCUGACUUCGAGAACGAGUUGCAGCGUGUGAAGGCUGAAAUAGAAAGACUUGCAGAAGAGGCGCAGGCGGAACUUGGUAGCGGGCCGGGUACCAAUAUUACCAACAACUUAGCCGAUCUCGCCGAUAGACUGGCUGACGUAAGAAAUAUGUUAUUCAAAAUUGAAGACGAAAGCUAUGAAGGUAAUGAGUCUGUAGAACGGAGCAAAGGCAACGUUUCCAAAGCUGAAGACACAAUAGAAGCUGCGCAAAAAGAAAUUAAUAGUGCUUUGGAGUAUCUCGAUGGUGAAGGAGCAGCUGCGUUGACUAAGGCUCGCAAUCGGUCUGACCAAUUUGGUAAACAAUCAGUAGAUAUGUCUGCGUUGGCUAAAGAGUCUCGUUUAUUGGCUGAAAAGUUAGAAAACGAUGCAAAGAAUAUCAAAGAUGUAGCUGAUAAAGCAUUAAACACCUCACUUACUGCAAAUACUAUAGCUAAAGAUGGAAUCACCAAACAAGCUAACAUAAGUAACGAAGUUCAAAUCCUAGCAAACGAAUUAAACGCAGCAGCAGGAAAGUUAAGUAGUCUAUCAGAAUUAGCUGAUCAAGCGUUGAAGCGGGCUAAGACUGUGUAUGAUGAAGCUUUAGGACUUUAUGCUGAAGUUAACACUACUCUGUUACCAGACAUUAAAUUAAAUGAAUUACACACGUCUGCUGUUGAAAUGAAUAGAACUAUUGACGAGAAAACAGCGGAAUUGGAUCAACUUAUGAGUGACACAGAAGAAACCCUACAAUCCUUAGAAGAUGAAAUAAGCCGUGGAAAAGAUCUUUUAAAACAGGGGCACGAAAGGCAAGAUAAACUAUACGACUUACUCGGACAGUUAGAUGAGUUGCGAGCCCAAGCUCAAAAAGACGUAGAACUAACUAAUGCUACUUUAAAAGAAGCAGAUGAUAUUUACAAAACUCUCAAGGAAUUCAGUGAUCAAGUGACGGAGUCCCGUCAGCUAGCUGAACAAGCGGCCUUGGAUGUACCUGGUGUACAAAAAAAAGUAGCAGCUGCUGACGCAAGCAUCACCAGUAUUGCUGAUGAAUUGACAGCUGCUAGUGAUAAAGCUAAGGAAGCAAGGGAUUUGGCUCAGCAAGCUCAAAAGGAAUAUGCUAAUAAGGCAUCUGAGGCGGCGCAUGAAAUUCGGAAUGAGGCAUCUAGAUCUAGAGCUGAGGCACGCAGACUACGAGACGAGGCUGAAAAAUUGUCAACGCGAGUGCAAGGGACUGCAAAACAAAUCAGCGAGUUAGAGAAGCAGGCAGAUGGUAACAUGCAGCUUACUCGUGAUGCUAAAAUGAAGGUGGGUCAAGCAAAUACCGACGCCCGAGAAGCUGAAAAACAAGUUUCCAAAGGAUUAGAAGAUCUUAAAGUUAUUAUGGAUGAGUUGGAAAACUUGCCAACUUUGGAUGAUGCGGCUCUCGACAGAUUAGAGGAAAGUUUGAAAACUGCUGAAAGUUCGCUGCGUGCAGUAGACCUAGAUGGAAAGAUUAAAUCUUUGACAGAAGCAAAAAACAAUCAUCAACGAUGGAUAAAGCAAUAUCAAGAUGAGCACAGCCAUCUUCAUAGCGAAGUGGACAACAUCAAAGACAUCUAUAACCAAUUACCCGGUGGUUGUUUUAAGAAGAUCGUUCUGGAACCAACCGAAGGCCCCAGUAGACCUGCUAGCUUUAGAUAGUCAAUACGCAGAUUCAUUAGGCAUGGUCUGUUAAAGACUGACAAAUUUAUCAUCACCAGAAAAUGAAGUCGAAAAUAUACUUUUAAGAUAUACACAAUUAAUUAUAACAGCCCACAGUACCUACGUCCAGUGUCUAACCGAAGGGCUGAAACUGUGGUGUUGUUUUUUUACCGAAAUGUCGUAAUUUCUGGUAUUAAGGUAAUUUUUAUAGUUUUAUUAUACAUGGGUCUUUGAGAGUUUUGCUUCCACCAAUAUUAGAUUAUUUCUAUUUCACAACUUAACACCAUACUUUAAGUGCCUUAAAUUUUCCGCUACAUAUUUUUGUAGGUAAGAUCAAUAAGAACUAAUGAUGUUUAAAUGAAAAAUACGUAUUUAAUGAAAUGGGCUUUAACAAUAAUUAAAACAAAUCAACAUAAC